AUGGAAGGCGGUGCGGUGGGGGAGGUAAAGAAGGGGGAGAAGGGAGCGCCGCUGCUGGUUAGGCCGAUGGCAGGUCUGCACGAGGCCGCGCCGCCGCCGUUCCUGUCGAAGACGUUCGAGGUGGUGGAAGAUCCGGAGACGGACGCGGUGGUGUCGUGGAGCCGCUCGCGCAACAGCUUCGUCGUCUGGGAUCCUCACGCCUUCGCUACGACUCUGCUCCCCAGAUACUUCAAGCACGACAACUUCUCGAGCUUCGUCCGACAGCUGAAUACCUAUGCGAGUUCUCUCUUCUCCUUCUCUCUGCUCCGGAGACAUUCUGAUGGCAUCUCACGAAAUCUUCACACAUGAAUUGAGUUCUCCGUUACCAUCUCCGAUUUCUUAUCCGGCUGUUCGUACGUUAGGUUUCGAUCUUGUAGAAAAAGCAAUCAGUCGACCUGAGCAUUUAGGCCAAGCAGUGGUAGAAGAGUGGUGAAAAAUCUUUUGAAUUCUGGAGCCCAAGGGGAGGGAGAAUGUUCUUCCUUCGAAUAUUCAUCGGUGAAUCUGUGAAUUUAUUGUCACCUUUCACUGUUCUGAAAACACAGAGGAAGGACCUCAUCCUUACAUAUAGAUAUCCUGCUUCCGAAUCGUUCCAAUGUAUGAUAAUUCGUUCGAAAAUCACCAGGCACAUAAAUGGACCUCUCUUCUCAUUUCAAACAUCUCUUGAAACAUUCCGAUCCGAAUAUCAGUACUGUAUUAUCGAGGAAGUGUUCUUCCGAUUUCACGCAUGACGAUUUUACCGAUACUUUCAUAACACUGAUUCUCAAUCGCAGAAAGAAAGACUGGACUAUCCAUUGUUUUUUUUUUCUUCAUAAUUUGUUGCGUUUGACCCCGAUUAUAAGAUGAUUUGCAUCAUCGUCGGGUCUAUGGUUAGAGAAAAAAGAAAAAAAAAGAAGAGUUUUCUUGAUGGGUAAGAUCUUGAUGACCAUUGUGCCUUUCUUUGAUGGUAGCUCCGCUCUUGAUGCCCAAUGGUCCAUGGAUUCCUCUUCUGCUCAGACUGCAAUAGUCCCAGAGAUGAAUUUUGUUAAGAUUGACAUAAUUUUCCGAAAUGUUUUCUUUGAUGGCUACUCGCCGUUCUUAAUCUCUCUAGUUCGCUGGCAUUUACAAUCACCCUCCCCGCAAAUGGUUCCAGGGUUUCCGAAAAGUCGACACCAACAAGUGGGAAUUCGCCAACAAGGAAUUCCUGGCAGGACAGAAGCAUCUCCUGAAGAACAUCAGGAGAAAGAGGAAGAUCCCCACUCCGAAUACUCAAUGGUGCCAGGGGGCCGGAACCCUAGGCCUCGAGAAGGAGGUGGAGCGACUGUGCAGGGAGAGGAGCUUCCUGUUCCUGGAGACUGUGAAGCUUUGCCAGCAGCAGGAGAAAUCCAGGUCCGAGCUUCUCGCCAUGGAGGAGCGGCUGCGAGACAACGAGAGGAAGCAGCAGCAGACGAUGGUGUUCCUUGCCAGAGCCCUCAACAGCCCCUCGUUCGUUGACCAGCUCGUUCGCCGCAGCGAUCAGGUGGAGCGGCUGGAAGGCCCCGGCAGGAAGAGGAGAUUGCCUGGUUCUGAAGAACGUACAGCGGAAUUGGAGCUGGAGACGCUGCUCACCACCAUGGCCAGCUCGGAGAGGGACCAGGAGACUGAGACGCCGCCGUGUUUCAGCAGGCCUAAGCUCGAGGAGGUCAACGACGGGGAGUGGGAGGAGAUGCUGAGCGACGGCGGCAUGGAAGAACUCUACCGGAGCUUCUCCCACUGCUCCCAUCUACCAUGA